GAGGUUCUGUAAGUAGAAACUUCCCUCACACACUUAACGAAGUGGAAUGGACUUCCAAAAUGGUGGUGGUGAUUCCCUCAAGGGGAAGUGCUUGGGGCAGUUAGUGGAUGUUAAAUGUGAAGUGGAAUGCAGCCACUGUUAUUUUGCGCCCUAGGCAAAUACCUGUGUCGCCUAUGCCACAGGCUGGCCCUGCUUCAAGGUUGGAAACACAAUAAGUUGUGCGAAGAUGAGAAAGCGAGAUCUGGAGAUGCUUGCUGUACUUCUGACAGGUGUUUUAUGCCUGGUCAUAAUCAUGAACAAAAACGAACUUGAAGAUGUGACAGAAGAUGUGACAACGAUCAGCAAAGAUACAUAUGAAAUUCUCCGUCAACACAUUAAUUUGCCCAAAUCAGCAGCUCUCCAGCCUUUGUCCCCAAGUUGUGUGCAGAAUGUGUCUGCUUCUAAUGUGACUGGAUUUUCUACACUGCCAAAUCAUAUCAAAGACUUCUUGCUUUACUGCCACUGUAGGGAGUUUCCCAAGCUUCUAGAUGUCCCUAAUAAGUGUGGAGGCCCCCAGAACUCUGCGGAUGUCUUCCUUCUACUUGUCAUCAAGAGCUCUCCGGAGAAUUAUGAACGACGAGAGGUUCUACGGAAAACUUGGGCUAAGGAGCGACAGCACAAAGGUGUGUGGAUCCGUCGAAUCUUCCUUAUUGGAACCACUGGAACUGGCUUUGAAAAGCUCAGGUUGAAUAAGCUUGUGAAGAUUGAGAACCGUGAGAACCAAGACAUUUUACAGUGGGACUUCAAUGAUUCAUUCUUUAACCUCACACUAAAGCAGAUCCUGUUCUUACAGUGGAUGGAUAAAUGGUGCCCACAAGCCAGGUUUCUUUUAAAUGGUGAUGAUGACAUUUUUGCCAACACAUUUAACAUGGUUGAGUAUCUUCAAGGUCAAGAGGGCAAUGAUGGAAACAAACAUCUGUUUAUAGGGCACCUUAUCCAGAACGUUGGACCUAUAAGGCACCCUGCAAGUAAAUACUAUGUUCCAGUUCAGGUACAGGAGUCUGAUAGAUAUCCUCCGUACUGUGGUGGUGGUGGCUUUCUUCUGUCUGGUUUUACAGCCAGAACUAUCUACAAUAUGUCUCACUCGAUUACUGUGUUUCCCAUUGAUGAUGUUUACAUGGGAAUGUGUUUGGAAAAGGCUGGUCUUAAACCGGAGUCCCACUUUGGUGUACGGACUGCUGGCCUAUAUAUCCCCUCUGAGAAUGUUGAUGAGUAUCACCCUUGUUAUUACAGAGAAAUUAUUUUAGUCCAUAGGUUUCUGCCACACCAGAUUUUUGUGAUGUGGAAUGAAAUACAAAAUCCACAUUUAAAAUGCGGAGCAGAGCCUUAACAUGUCUUAAAAUUUGUUUUUAAAUAACCAGGGGUUGCCAGAAAUGCUUCUCAAGAUACAGGGAUACAAAUGUCUAUAUCUGGCCUUUUGUAAAUGUAACUGUGCAAAAUGUGCCACAAAUAAGAUUGACCUAAGGGACAGCUUUGCAUCAAAGAGCAGAGACAGAUUUAGUUAGGUGUUUGUGACAAAAACCAUAAACGGGCCCAAUUUUAAGAGCGCUACCACUAAGUGCAGGCAGUGGUGAAUUCUCAGGGCCAGCAAAGCCUUCUCUGCUGGCCUAACAUGCCAAAUAAAUAAAUAUUUUUCAUCCUUUCA